UUGUCUUCCUUCUGAUCACUUCUGAUUGCUUUGAUUGACAUUGACAUCACUGUCACCAGUGAACCGAGUUAAAGUUGGUAUAAAUAUAUUAAUAAAUAAUUAAAAACAGGUUAUUGUAAAUGAAAAGGCAUAGUCAAGAUCUAUUAAAGUAAUACCAGAUUAUCCUAAUGCCUAAAUGGUUUCCAAUAAACAAACUUCUGCAGAUAAGAGUCAGCUCAUGUAUAGUGUUUCUGCUAUGUCUGGUAGCAGUUAUACAAUUUUUUGCUUCAUAUGGACGCUAUCACUAUGAACAUAUACCUCGGGAGCAAUUGUUGACCAACAUCUUUUUUAAAACAAAUCCUAAAUUAGAAAUAAAUAAGGAAAAACCGAAAUGUAACUAUGAUGGGAUACUGCAAAGUACGAGUUCCAUUGACACACAGGAAGUACCAAGGAAGUUUGGUGACUUCACAACCAAUGGGUUAGCUAAUGGAAGCUACACGCCAGAGAAUUGCAACCCGCUCUUAAGUGUUGCCAUUUUGGUAUCAUACAGAAAUAGACAGAGCCAAUUAGACAUAUUUAUCCCAUACAUGCAUAAUUUCUUGAGGAAACAAGGCAUCCAUUACACUAUUUACAUAAUAGAGCAACAAGAUGACAAACCUUGGAAUAAAGGCCUGCUUUAUAAUAUAGGAGCUAAGCAAGCCAUCGCAGACAGGUUCCCGUGCCUUAUUCUGCACGACAUUGACCUGCUGCCACUAGACAUUGGCAACCUGUACGCCUGCCUACAAGAGCCUCGGCACAUGAGCGCGAGCAUAGACAAGUUCCGAUUUGUGUUAACAUACAACUACCUUGUCGGCGGCGCACUCGCCAUACGCUCCGACCAGUAUAUUGCAGUUAAUGGGUUCUCUAAUAAAUUUGAAGGGUGGGGCGGAGAGGAUGACGACUUUGCAGGCAGGAUGAAGGCAAAGAAUUUAAAAGUUUUAAGAUACCCGCGCGAACUGUCAAGAUACACAAUGCUGGCCCACCCCCAAGAGCAAAAGAAUAGUGAACGCAGCAGAAUCUUGUCGGAGAACCAAAUGAACUAUAGCAAAGAUGGACUCGGUAAUGCAGAGUAUUCAGUCAAGAGUGUGCAUAGAAACACUUUGUUUACACUGAUUGGUGUCAAAACUUGAUCAAUUGAAACUGUUUCAUGCAAAAAAGGAAUAAAGUUCUGUGACAAGCUUAGAUGCUUUAUAAUAAAGGAGUCGUAAAAUGUUUUGCUUGUAUUGUGAUAAAAUAAAAUGACGGAACUGACUGUAUAAAAUAUUACAUUUGAACUUUUAUAAGCCUAUCAAGGGAUCUGUGUCAAAGAUUUCACUUGUUUAGGUUAACUCUCAGUUGUUUUAAGUUUCAUUGAAAUACAGCACGGGGUGCAAUAAUUUUUUUUUAAUAAUAAAAGCUAUAGUGUUAUAGUUCAUUUGAAUAAAUUAGUCUCUGAAACAUUAUAACAUAUUAAAUCUGUCAUGUAAUAGAUGUGUUCAUUUUUGAUUAUUGUCAUUUGUUGCUGGACGGGGAAUAAGUGAUUUUCGCUCAUAGUAAUGUACCAUAUGCUACGAAUAUUAUAAAUAUAUACUAAUAUAUCUAUGUAGAAUAAAAUAUUUGUUUUACUUUAUAUUCAAUUCACCAACAAUUUGAAAGAUAAACUCGUUUCAUCGACUAGUCUAUUCCAAAGUCUCUAUAAAAUAUGAAAAGAUAAUGUUUAAUAUAAUAAAAAUUAAGUA